AAAGUAGCUUACUUAGGCCUACCUCUUUUGGUCCCGGUUCUCGACUCCAUCUUAUAAACGGAGAAGAUACGAACGAUCUCUGAGGCGGAAGCCCAUGGGUUCAUCGGUAUACAAGGACAAGGACGUGGUUUUAGUGGAUAUCAAAUUUUUUAACACACAGUGUUCACAACAGCUUCUCCUGCAAGCAGAGUAGGUUGUCAACUGGAACUCCGUGCACUUCACUUUACCGGUGUAGCAACAAUAAGUUGGAGAAGAGGAACCGUAGAAGUAAAACAAUGGCUUUGAAGAACCCGUUGAUUUUCAUUCUUGGUAUCUUAGCUGUGAUACCUGCAAAGUACGGUUUGAGCCAAGAAAUUAACCAAGCAGCAGUCAAGACUACGAGUAGUUAUAGUGGACAACAUACUAAAGAAGCAAUAAAUCUUGAAGCGACUGUAACGACGAGCCCGGAUGUAGUGAUCGCAACAGAAUUAAUUGAUCCUACAAUUGAAGAAUCAUCAACAACAGAAGUGAAUCUAUGCUUGUUCGACAAUGGAGGGUGCAGUGAUGCGUGUGUACCGAUGCCGUUCGGGUCCGCCGUACAAUGUCAAUGCUGGUCAUUUGGGUUUAGACUUGGCCUGGACGGAAAAACAUGUGAAGAUGUCAACGAAUGUAUCGAGAUUGAAAAUCUGUGUAAUGUGGAUGAAAUAUGCUACAACACAAUUGGAUCGUACGAGUGUCGUUGUCCAGACGGGUUCAAUCGACGAUACGACAGAGUUUGUCAGGACGUCGACGAAUGCAGUGAUGUCUCAAUUUGUCAAAUAAACUCAUCCUGUCGUAACACACUUGGUUCGUAUGUGUGUCUGUGUGAUUCUGGAUUCGUUGCUAGCUUUGACGGGGACACAUGUGAAGAUGUCAAUGAAUGCGAAUAUACCGAACUACUCACCUUUCUUUGUGGUGAGCAUUCGACCUGUGAAAACACACCUGGCUCCUACAUCUGUGGUUGUAUUGAAGGAUUUGUCUCCAAUGCUGGAUUUUGUCAAGAUAUUGAUGAAUGUGCAACAGACGCGUCCUGUGGUUCAAAUGCAACGUGUUUGAACACGAUUGGAAGUUUCAAAUGCGUAUGUAAUGACGGUUACCAGGAGACAACUUUCGGAUGUAAAGACAUUGACGAAUGUACCAGCGCUGAUUCUCUAAUGUGCCCAGGCGUCAGUGUCUGUCAAAACGUUCCUGGUUCAUACACAUGCAUCUGUCCUCCAGGGUAUGCAGGCAACGGUUCAGUGUGUACAGACGUCAACGAAUGUGCGUUAUCACAUGAAUGUCAUGAGUAUGCACGUUGCUAUAAUGUGGAAGGAUCAUACGUUUGUCAGUGUACAAGAGGCUUCCGUGGCAAUGGCAAGAACUGUUACGAUUUGAAUGAGUGUAACGUUGGUAACGGUGGAUGCGACCAGGUGUGUAUUAACAUCCCUGGUAGAUAUGUAUGCCGAUGUAGUAUUGGGUAUCGAAUGAAUAUUGCUAGUAAUAGUUGUGAAGACAUUGAUGAAUGCUCUCGAUUUAAGGACUUGUGUAAUCAGACGUGUAUUAAUACAGAGGGAUCAUUCAUGUGUGCGUGCGAAGAUGGAUUUCAACUAAGUGUGAAUGAUCGAGAUUGCGUUGAUUAUGAUGAAUGUCUAAUUCAAAAUGGCGGAUGUCAACAGACUUGCAUCAAUACACCUGGGAGUUGGAAGUGUGAGUGCGAUGACUCUUCUUAUCUUCUGCCUGACGCACGGUCCUGUGGAGUUAUCACUUCUUGCGAUAUAAAGAAUGGAGGGUGUGCGCAUAUAUGCAAGAUCGACCAACGUGGUCUUGCGUGCAGCUGUCGAAACGGUUACGUAAUCAGCGAAGAUUUGGCUCAAUGUGACGAUUUCAACGAAUGCGCAGACGCGAAUGGUGGAUGUGAGCAGAAUUGCAUUAAUUCUAUAGGCAGCUACAAAUGCACGUGCAACGCUGGGUACAGGGUGAAUUCCUUUUUGGAUCACGAAUGUGAAGUGACGUGUUCUCCUCCGUGUAUGAACGAUGGGAUUUGUUCAGGACCUAACCGUUGCACUUGUAAACCAGGCUACGCUGGAGACACGUGCGCAACACCAACCUGUAACCCUCCUUGCGCACACGGUGGACAAUGCAUGCGCAACAACAUGUGUAGGUGCAUCAACGGAUACUCUGGGGCUUGGUGCCAACAACCUGUUUGUCAAACCGCAUGUCGAAAUGGCGGAGUCUGUGUCAGCCCAAACACAUGCCAAUGUCCAUCUGAGUACACAGGAACCUUUUGUCAAACUCCUGCGUGUAUACCUAGUUGCCAGAACAACGGAAUUUGUUACAACGACAACAACUGCAUAUGUCGCACCGGAUUCACAGGAACUCGCUGUCAGUCUGGUAUGUGUUCUUUGACUUAA